UCUAUUAAUAUAUUGUUAUCAUACUGGACUUACAUUUUAAGUGAACCACGCAAAUAAAAAUAUAAUUAUUAAUAUUUCUUUCCUUUUAGUUGCUUCAUAAGUUGUCGGUGUGAACUUUGGGAUCAUUUAAGUUGACCAUGUCUCUUAAUACGGCUCACGCUGAUCAUGGUGUGCUGAUACAUGCUGGAGAAGGUAUCAUCUUAUUUUCGGACAAUGUAACAGUGGAGUUCUAUGGUAAUGACACAGCUGAGUUCAAAGGUGUUAAAACUGGCCGUAUGUAUCUUACAACUCAUCGAAUGAUCUACAAUUCCAAAUCAAAUUCUGACACCAUGAGGUCUUUCAGUUUCCCAUUUAUUGCAUUGCAGGAUGUAACCGUUGAACAGCCCAUGUUUUCAGCAAAUUAUAUUAAAGGAAAAGUGAGAGCACAGCCAAAUGGCAACUUUAUUGGUGAAGUGAAAUUCAAAUUGACAUUUAAAUCAGGUGGAGCUAUUGAAUUUGGCCAGGCCAUGCUAAAAGCAGCUCAUCUUGCUUCGAGACAUAUGGCACCAGGCGCGACCCCGCCGCCUUACUCGCCGCCGACAGGGCCAUGGUAUGCUGCACCGCCGCCGGCUUACGCUCCGCCGCCGCAAGGCUACUAUGGAUGGGUGCCGCCUUACAAUGCAUUCCCGGACCAGCCACCACCAAAUUCGGUAUUUGUGUCGGACAACCCACCGCCUUAUCCAGGCGUAUCAGGCGCGACCUAUCCCGCAGGAGCUGGUUUCUCGGGCGGCCCAUCACCGUCCCCGGCAGGUGGGGGCUACGCUCCUAAUGCACCCCCAGGUUACCCGGGUAAUUCCUUCAUGCCGCCAGGAUACCCGGGUAACUCGUCGAUGCCGCCAGGAUAUCCGGGUAACCCGUCGAUGCCUCCCGGUUAUCCAGGCGGGUUUACAGUACCAGGAGCCACGGCUGGCAUGUCUGCAAGUGAUGCUAAAGCGGCGGAGGCAGCCCAGAGCGCUUAUUAUGACCCUAACAGGCCACAAACUGCUUAUGUGCCGCCACCUUAUAAUGAUCAACCCCCGACCUAUCAGGAAUCGACAUCAAAGAAAGACAACUAAUGCACUGUCCUCAUUUUCACAUGGAUAAAGAAAAGGAUAAAAAUCAAAGUCUAUAAAAGUUAUUUUUCAUGUUAUUUUCACAAUAUUGUCCUUCUGAUCGCUAAGUAACAUUCCAUGAAACUAUUAGUGCAAUAUAAUAUCGCCUAUAAUUAUAUAUUAGUAUACAUCACAAUUGUGGAAAUGAUUUUACCUAAUCGCCUUUUGUAAAUGGACUGAAAUAUUAUGAAGAUACAUAUCGUCAUAGUCGUAGAAUACUGACGGAUCUAUAUAUUUAAUAUUUGUCAAAUCCAUCAGUAUUCUAUGACCAUGACGAUAUAUCUAAGCUGUAAAUUGUAAUGUGAUAGUAUAUGAAUAAAAUACACAGUACCUGUAUUUAUUGCAUGCUUCUUGUCCAAUAAUAUAUAUAUUAUUAUAAUUGGUAAACUUGCAACCAAUGUAUAAAGUGGUUCUUAUAGUUAACAUUUUAACAUAAUUAUUGAAACAUUAAUUACCAAUAUAUUUAUAUGUUAAGGUUGAAUUAUUCGAAAUGGCUUAUUGAUUUAUUUAACAAAAGUAAGAAUAGAAUUGUAUAUAAUAGUCGAGAGAAUAGGGGCCUAAAGUAAAUUAAAUUACUAAUCAUGGUUUAAGUUACCAUAGGACCCCAUUUAAAUUUGUUACCCAUUUUAUUGUACGUAAUUUCUUUUUGUCACAUUUUUGUAUUCUUUUAUUUUUUCCACUUGUCUUAGUAAUGGUAACGAAUCUGUUGAUUAUUAUUAUUAUUAUAAACUAUGUCGUUAUAUAUGAUAAAAAAAUUACAUAAAUUUUGAAAAUAAAAUUAUUUCAUGUCGAGGAUUCUAUUUAUUAUGGCUUACAGAAUUAAAAUGUUCAAAAUGUAUACCAACAUUUUGUAAAAACUACUGUAAAAUCACGAUUAAUCUAUGUAAAUGUUGGAUCAUUGUAUGCUUAUCUCUAUAAUCUAAAAAAUAAUCGAUAACUUAGAAAGAUGGAGGACAGCUGCAUUGACAAUGUUUCUACUUGUACCAAUUAAUAUUUAAUAGAUGACAUCGUGGCUUGCUGUAGAUAUUUAAUUCACAGUGCAGGUUGUCUUUUGGUCUGAAUAUUGUUUGUCUUUUUUUAUUUAUUAUUAUAGUUUAAACAACUGUAACUGU